AUGAGCGUGCUCUUAUGUAUAAUACAACCUGUUGACGGAGACACAGGAGGCCUUUUGCAGCAACGAGAGAAGCCGCAGGACGAGCAGCAGCAGCAGCAGCAGCAACAGCAGCAGCAGCAGCAGCAGCAGCAGGAGCAGAAUGAGGAGCAGCAAGAGGAAGAGGAGGAAUUGGAGGAUGGAGAAGCAGCAGAUGAUGACGGGGAUUUGCUGCUGCUGCCGCAUGCAGCAGCAGCAGCAGCAGCAGCAGCAGAGCAGCGGCAAAUGGCGGAGUCAGGUCUUAAGACUUUUUACCUAGAAGGAGAGCAGGAGCCCCCAGGAGGGGCCCCACAGGGCCGCAGCAGCAGCAGCAGCAGCAGCAGCAGCACGGGCAGAACAGACCCAACAACAGCAGCAGCAACAACAGCAGCACGAGCAGCAGCAGCAGCAGCAGCACCACCGCUAACAGCAGCAACAGCAGCAACAGCAAUUGCUCCUCCAAUACAAGGAGCUCCCCUAAUAAUAACAACAACAGCAGCAACAGCAGCAGGCGCUGCUGCUGCUUCUGCUGCUGCUCCUGUUGCUGGUGCUCCUUCCUCUUCCCCUUCCCCCCCAUCAGCAGCAGCACCACCCCCAUCACCGCAAGCAGCAGCAGCAGCAGGACAAGCAGCAGGAGCAGCCACAGCAGCAGGAGCAGCAGGAGGAGGAGGAGUAGGAGGACAAGGAGGAGGGGAAAAGGAUCUAUUUCUUGCGGAUAUAGCAGGAGAAGGAGAAGAAGUACCUCUUCUUGAUCUACUUAAUAAGAUAGAGGGCAGCAAGAAUGACAGUUUUGCUGCUGCAGGUUUAGAGUGGGGUCAACGAUGGGCAUCAUUAAAGGAAGGAGAGAAGGAUCGUGCUGCUCGUUUAUGGCAGCAGCAGCAGCAGCAAAGAGAGCAGCAGCAGCAGCAGCUAAUGGAGCAGCAGCUGCAGCGGCUGCAGCAAUAUAGAGAGAGGGAAGCAGCAAGAGAAGCAGCAGCAGCAGCAGCAGCAGCAGGUGUAAAUCCUCUUCUUUUUGAAUGGCUAUCAGGUACCCAAACCAGUAGCAGCAUUAACAGCAGCAGCAGCAGCAGCAUCAGCAGCAGCAGCAGCAGCAGCAGCAGCAGCAAUUUGCUGCCUCCCUCUAAGGAAGCAGAAGAUUAUUUAACAGAUGAACAAGAGUUACUUCUCUUCCAAUGGAAGCAGCAAAGAAAACAAAAUACAUUAGAUUAA